AUGGUGACUUUUCUUUCAAAGUUUCAGAGAGUUGUAAGCGCCUACUGCACAAGCAGUGUCUAUACAAUUAGACAGUAUGGAUUCAAAUGCUCCAUGCAUUCACUGGUAGAAAUCACCUCAAGAAAAUCCAUCAAACCAUCAUCUCCAACUCCUCAUCAAAAUAGAUAUCUCAAACUCUCUCUUUUGGACCAACUUCUUCCUCCUACCGUAUAUGGAACCAUCCUGUAUUUCUACAACCCUACCACCAACCACUGUGAUCAUGAUGUUGUACUUUCGAAAGUUUCUGAGACUAGUACUUCUAAGCGCUUACAAGCUUCUCUAUCCGAAACCUUGGUUCACUACUAUCCACUCGCUGGCCGUCUCAAAGGCACUGCGUCCAUUGAGUGCAACGAUGAAGGCGCACAUUUUGUUGAAGCCCGAGUUAGGUGUCAGCUUUCAGAUUUUCUUAAACAACCUGAUCCUGAGUUACUUAAAAAAUUCAUGGCAGAACAUGAUUCUAAAACUUCUCAGAUAGCCUUGGGUACUUGUGUCUUGCUUGUUCAAAUCAGUGUUUUCAACUGCGGAGGAAUAGUUGUUGCUGUAUCCCCUUCGCACAAGAUUGCAGAUGGAAUAUCCCUCCACACAUUUGUGCGAUUAUGGGCUGCUAUAAAUCGCGGUGAGUACCAUCAACUAGUUCUACCGAAGUUUAAUGGAGCGACUUUGUUGCCGACUAAAGACUUGUCCACCAUGCACAACUUCUUAGGACCAAUCCCAACUCAAACUUUAACCACAAGAAGGUUCGUGUUUGAUGUGUCAAAGAUGGCAAUUCUCAAGGCUGAAAUUGGGAGUAGAAUCCAAAAGUUCACCCCGACGAACGGACAACUCGUUCUGGCAAUCAUCUUAAAAUGUGCUCUUGCUGCUUCUCAUCAAUCCAAGCCUGAUGGAGAUACUACUUCAAGGCUAACAGUGUUGUCCCAAAUGGUAAACUUGCGCAGAAGAAUUGUACCAGAAGUACCCGAAAACGAAAUGGGGAACUGGUUUUGGGCGCUUUCCCUGUUGUUCAAAGAAAAUGAGACAGAAAUACACGAGUUGGUAAUCAAUAUGAAUACAGGAUUGACAAACUUCUGCAAGGAGAAAGCAAACAGAUUUAAAGGUGACGACGGAUUCUUGGUGGUGUCUGAGUCUAUGAGAGAAAAGGCUGAUCUUUAUAACGCAGAAAAGGGCAUCAACCUCUACAGGAGUACAAGUGUGUGCAAGUUCCCCCUGUAUGAAAUCGAUUUCGGGUGGGGAAAACCUACCUGGGUUUCUAGCCCAAGUGAACACAAAAACUUUAUUUUGCUGCUGGACACAAAAAGUGGAGAUGGUAUUGAAGCUUGGGUGACACUUGAUCAACAAGAAAUGGCCAUUUUUGAGUGUCACGAGGAGCUCCUUGCAUUCAGCUCCGUUGAUCCUGAAUCUAUUAUUGCUGGUAAGGCUGCUAAUGGAAAUUUGUUGGGUGGCAUUGGCUAUUUCUUUGGCCAGUCAAAAAUUGCCCUCCCUAGGGAUGUGAAUCUGGUAAGUCAGGAUGAUUCUAUUUUAUAUUGGCCUACUCAGCUUUACACAGCUGUUCCAAGUCGACCCUUCUUUCUAAGGGGAUUUUUAUGGGAUGAAGGCUUUCACCAGCUCUUGAUCUGGUUAGUUGUGUAA